UGCUCGGCCCUGCUGCUGCUGUGGUUGGUUGGUAGGGGGAGUUGUUAGGGGAUGGUGGGCCGGUGUAUCGCGUAUCUCGGCUCGGCUCGACUCGGCUUCGGGGUGUCUUGCUAGCAGUCGAUCGUCAGUCAGUAUGCGACACUGAGAGGAAUGAAAAAGAAGAGCUGUGAUCGCUGCGGCAGCUGCUUCUUGUGACAUCUUUCUGAAGACAGUGAGUAGCUAUGGCUGAACAAGACCUUUGUCCCCACCUGGACUCCAUAGGAGAGGUAACCAAAGAGGAACUCCUCCACAAAUCCAAGGGAACCUGCCAGUCAUGUGGAGCAGGUGGUCCUAACCUGUGGGCCUGUCUGCAGAAUGAUUGCCCAUAUGUUGGCUGUGGGGAGUCUUUCUCUGACCACAGUACCCUGCAUGCACAGUCUAAAAGGCACAACCUGACAGUGAACCUGACAACGUUCAGAAUCUGGUGUUAUGUGUGUGAGAGGGAGGUGUUUCUGGAGCACCGGCCUGCCCUGGUGCCUGUACCUGCUGCUCCCCAUCACUGUAAAGCUUCAGAGCAGGAAGGAGCUCCUCAGCCUGUGAGUCACCCACUGAAGGCAGUACCGAUCGCUGUGGCAGAGGAAGAAGGUUCAGAGUCGGAGGAGGAUGAGCUAAAACCCAGAGGCUUGACUGGGAUGAAAAACAUCGGAAACUCUUGCUACAUGAAUGCUGCUCUUCAAGCUCUGUCCAACUGUCCUCCUCUCACUCAGUACUUCCUGGACUGCAGUGGAUUGGUCCGCACUGAUAAGAAGCCUGCUCUCUCUAAGAGCUACCAGAAACUCAUCUCAGAACUCUGGCAUAAAAAACGGCCCAGCUAUGUUGUCCCUACCAGUCUGUCUCACGGCAUCAAACUAGUAAACCCCAUGUUUCGCGGUUACGCUCAGCAGGUAGGGGCAAGCAGCCAGCAGGACACUCAGGAGUUCCUCCGCUGUCUGAUGGACCAGUUACACGAGGAGCUGAAGGAGCCCCUGACGGAGUGCAGCAUGAACGGCGACGGUAGUGACGGCGAGGACAGAAGAGAUGGCGACCGCUCGCCGUCCGAGGAUGAAUUCCUGUCGUGCGACUCCGGCUCCAGCAGUGAUCGGGGUGAGGGAGGAAGUGUGGGUGACAGUGAGCUGCUUGUGCAGGACGAGUGUGACGGAGUGAGGUCACCGCCUGUUGGGGUGGUGGAUGUCAGUCCCGGCGGGGUCAUCUCAGAGAAGGAGAGGCAGAAGGAGCAAAGGGUGUCUGGCUCGUCGCUUCAUGGAGGCUUGCAAGAGAUGGAUGAGGACGCUGAUGUGGAUACAGCGGCUGCGGAGGAGGAGGAGGAGGUUCCAGAACGGGGAGAGGAAGAGGAGUCGACACCAACUCCAAACACUGAGGUUCAAAACCAAGACAACAACCAGACGUCUAAUACUGGACCAGGCCAAAGCAUCAACUCGUCAGAGCCCGACAAUGAAGCAUCAAUGACCCAGCCACAGUCCACUCCCUGCAGUCCUGUGCGAACACUUCAGGAGCUGCACACCAAACUGUCCUCCAGUGCGCCUCGCUCCAGCCCGCUUCGCUCUGCAGGACCCGUGUAUUCUUUCAAAAAAGCUCAACUGCUGCUCAGUGCCAGGAAGAAGAAGCAGUCUCACUAUCGCAGUGUGAUCUCUGACAUCUUUGACGGCUCCAUUCUCAGUCUGGUCCAGUGUCUAACCUGCGACAGAGUGUCCAACACAGUAGAAACCUUCCAAGACUUGUCCCUCCCUAUACCUGGUAAAGAGGACUUGGCCAAGCUGCACUCCUCCAUCCAUCAAAACCUUCCAGUCAAGACGGGCGUUUGUCCUGACACUUACGGCUCGCAAGGCUGGAUCUCCUACAUCAUGGAUUCCAUACGCCGGUUUGUAGUCUCAUGUAUCCCUACUUGGUUUUGGGGGCCCAUGGUAACACUAGAGGACUGCCUCGCUGCCUUCUUUGCCGCCGACGAACUCAAAGGGGACAACAUGUACAGCUGUGAGAGAUGUAAAAAGCUGAGAAAUGGUGUCAAAUAUUGCAAAGUGCUGCGACUCCCUGAGAUUCUUUGCAUUCACUUAAAACGUUUCCGGCAUGAGGUCAUGUAUUCAUUCAAGGUUAACAGUCAUGUAUCCUUCCCGUUGGAGGGCCUCGACAUGCGACCUUUCCUGGCUAAAGAGAGUCCGUCCCAAGUCACCACUUAUGAUCUGCUAUCGGUCAUUUGUCACCAUGGAACAGCAGGAAGUGGACAUUACAUCGCUUACUGUCAGAACGUGAUUAAUGGCCAGUGGUAUGAGUUUGACGACCAGUAUGUCACAGAAGUCCACGAGACAGUGGUGCAGAAUGCCGAGGCUUACGUGUUGUUCUACAGGAAAAGCAGCGAGGAGUCGGUGAGGGAGAGGCAGAAGGUGGUUGCUUUAGCCAAUAUGAAAGAGCCCAGUCUGCUACAGUUUUACAUCUCCAGAGAAUGGCUCAACAAGUUCAACACCUUCGCCGAACCGGGCCCCAUCAGCAACCAUACAUUUCUUUGUCAGCAUGGCGGGAUCCCUCCCACUAAAUACCACUACAUAGAUGACCUGGUUGUGAUAGUCCCCCAGAAUGUGUGGGAAUACCUUUACAACAGUUUUGGAGGCGGACCUGCAGUCAACCACCUUUAUAUGUGUGCCAUCUGUCAGGUGGAGAUAGAAGCUCUGGCUAAACGUAGGAAAAUUGAAAUCGACACCUUCAUCAAGCUGAACAAAGAGUUUCAGGCUGAAGAGGCUCCGACAGUGAUCCUGUGUAUCGGCAUGCAAUGGUUCAGAGAGUGGGAGAGUUUUGUGAAGGGCAAAGACAAUGAGCCGCCGGGUCCCAUCGACAACAGUAAAAUCAGUGUCAUGAAAGGAGGACACGUACAACUCAAGCAAGGUGCAGAUUAUGGUCAGAUCUCAGAGGAGACAUGGCAGUACUUGUUGGGUAUUUAUGGCGGUGGCCCCGAGAUCGCAGUGAGACAGACGGUGGCUCCGGUCGACACCGACAACCUUCACGGAGAGAGGAAAAUUGAGGCUGAGACCAGAGCCCUUUGAGAGGGAAAGAAAGAGAGGUUGGAAACUUUUCUUACGGGCAACAUUACAGUCAGUGUUUCAUGCAUUAGGCGUAGUAAUCCCCCCACGAGAAGCCAAAUGCCCUCCACACAUACUUUAGAGUCAUGUGUAACAAUUUUCUGGAAAGCCCUGGUCAUGGAGCUUGUAGCUCGUCUUGGAACUUGCAUCAUUUCCACCCACUUUGCGUAAGUCAAACACGUGGACUCAUAAAUUCCCUAUAGCCAGGAAAAGUGCAAGAUACAGUAUCUCAUGAUAGAGGAGGAAUAUCCAGCUGUAAAAACAUCUGUAAAUUCAGUUUAGACUGUUUGAAUUUGAGAGCACAGAAGGGUUCAUUUUGUUCUGAACUUUCUUCUCAACUUUUAUUAUACCCAGGUCCUCUGAUUUUCCACUUCUGCCCUCACAAGAAGCUGAGGAAUUUGCACCCUGGUGAAGAAAACCGUGUUGUGAGCACUUUGUAAAUGUAGCAGCAUCUUAUUGCCGAAUCCCAACAGGAUAGCUGAACAGACACUUGACUAUCACAUUGUUUAUUUAAUGGAUAUCUCUGAUCCUCGGUGUUAAAGUGUGAUAAUUAAGUGUCUCGUCAGCAUCCCUGGUUGUAUUUGGUAGCUAUGGUGUUUCAGUGACUGCUGUGUAGGUGUCACGUUCAGCUCUGUUGGCAGCUGCUGUGUCCUGAACCAUCACACUGCUGAGAAGAGCACUGCAGUGUGAGGUUUGGUUUUGACAUUUCCUGUUCACUGGAAAGAAAACAACAAGACUUUGAACACGAUUUUUCUGUUGUUUCCUAGUUACACAGAAACAAGUUCAGACAUCAAGUCAGAAAUCUUGCAUAAGUCAUUCUCGUGCACCUCCAACUUUAAAUAUGCAUACACCCAGCCCUCAGGAAUGGAACUUUAGUUUUGUUUACGCCAAUCAAGUUAUCUUUAAACUUUUAACUUUAAAAGAACUGUUUUCACCAUGUAGGAUCCAACAAGAACGAUAUAUGUAUAUAUAUAUAUAUAUAUAUGUAUAUAUAUAUAUAUACACACACGUGUGUAUAUAUAUAUGUAUAUGUAUAUAUAUAUAUAUAUAAAAUCAAGCACAACAUGCACACAAAUUACAACAGUAAUGGUUAUUUAUGAUGCUAUUUGUUAUCAGAUAAUCUUAAAAAUAAAGCUCUAGCCUGAGGCACCACUAGGUGGCAUGCGCUUAUUUAAGUUUCUGGAAAUCGUUACACCAAUCUUAUCCAAUUGAGGCGUCAUAUCAUGUUCAAAAAGCUGUAUUCCUUAUUAUUAUUAUUAUUAUUGUAGGUUCAAACAUGUUCCACUGCCUCGCAGCCAACAAAAUUCUCCUACAUUUUUUAAUUUAUUCUACAUAAUAAUCAGUGCAAGCUCAUGUACAGUAGACGAUACAAGGGUAAUUAUCAGACGAGCAGCUUCAACAUCCUUAUGGCAAUAUAUUUCACAAGGCAUAUAGAGAGAGUAAAUCAAAAACAUCCAGGACUUUUAAACACUCAUGUUUUGACCUGUCAUAGGUGUCAUUUUCAUUGCAAACAAUUAGCAGGGUGGGCCACACGGUGAUGCAGUGGCUACCAUGGUUGCCCCACAUCAAGAAGGUCGCCAGUUUGGAUCCGAUGAGGGCCUUUUUUGUGUGGAGUUUGCAUGUUCUUCCCAUAUGUGUGUGUGGGUUCUGUGCGGGUACUCCGGUUUCUUCACAGAGUUCAAAAACAUGCAGAGUUUAACUGGAAAAUUGACAGGAGGUGUGAAUG